CACCCUUGUGCGGAGGAAGAGCCAAGCGAGAGAGAGCCGGGCGCCGGGGCAUGUGCAGAGAGCCAGCCGGGUCUCCUCUCCUCUCCCUCUGGUUUUCCUGCAAGGGGCAUUGGUGCACCACCAAGGCAUCAAUCUGGAGAGCAAGGCGCCUGAGCACGGAAAGCAGCUCUGCUUUCUGGCCCUGGAGGUUGCACCAGCCGGAGAGGCCGAAAGGGCGCUGCCACGAGCCAGGAACGAUCCGCCUGCAGCCAUGGAGAGCGGGAUGCAGCUCCUGAACCGGGACGGCCACAGCAUCUCCCACAACUCGAAGCGGCACUACCACGAUGCCUUCGUCUGCAUGAACCGCAUGCGGCAGCGGGGGCUGCUCUGCGACAUCGUCCUGCACGUGGCGACCAAGGAGAUCAAGGCCCACAAAGUGGUGCUGGCCUCUUGCAGCCCCUACUUCCACGCCAUGUUCACGAAUGAGAUGAGCGAAAGCCGGCAGACUCACGUCACGCUCCAUGAUAUUGAUCCACAGGCAUUGGAGCAGCUGGUCCAGUAUGCCUACACUGCUGAGAUUGUGGUGGGAGAAGGGAAUGUGCAGACGUUGCUCCCUGCAGCCAGCCUCCUCCAGCUGAACGGUGUGCGGGACGCUUGCUGCAAGUUCCUCUUGAGCCAACUGGACCCUUCCAACUGCCUGGGCAUUCGAGGCUUUGCGGACACACACUCUUGCAGCGAUCUCCUGAAGUCGGCACACAAGUAUGUCCUGCAGCACUUUGUGGAUGUCUCCAAGACAGAAGAGUUCAUGCUUUUACCUCUCAAGCAGGUUCUGGACCUUAUUUCCAGUGAUAGUCUCAACGUACCCUCGGAAGAGGAAGUCUACCGAGCCGUCCUAAGCUGGGUGAAGCACGACGUCGACAGCAGAAGGCAGCAUAUUCCACGACUUAUGAAGUGCGUCCGGCUCCCGCUCCUGAGCCGCGACUUCCUGAUGAGCAACGUGGACACGGAACUGCUUGUGCGGCACCACUCGGAGUGCAAGGAUCUCCUGAUUGAGGCCCUCAAGUACCACCUGAUGCCCGAGCAGAGGGGGGUCCUUAGUAACAGCCGGACCCGUCCCAGACGCUGCGAGGGGGCCAGCACCGUUCUCUUUGCCGUGGGUGGAGGCAGCCUGUUUGCCAUCCAUGGAGACUGUGAGGCCUACGACACUCGGACGGACCGUUGGCACAUGGUGGCCUCCAUGUCCACGCGCCGGGCCAGGGUGGGCGUCGCUGCCAUUGGGAACAAGCUGUAUGCUGUGGGAGGCUAUGACGGGACCUCAGACCUGGCCACCGUCGAGUCGUAUGAUCCCGUCACCAACUCAUGGCAGACGGAGGUUUCGAUGGGAACCCGGCGGAGCUGCCUGGGAGUGGCCGCUUUGCAUGGACUUCUCUACGCCGCUGGAGGGUACGAUGGAGCUUCCUGUCUCAAUAGUGCCGAGAGAUACGAUCCUCUAACAGGCACCUGGGCCUCGAUCGCUGCCAUGAGUACGAGAAGGAGAUACGUCCGAGUGGCAACGCUAGAGGGCAAUCUGUAUGCUGUUGGGGGAUAUGAUAGUUCUUCGCACCUGGCAACUGUGGAGAAGUAUGAGCCCCAGAUCAACACCUGGACUCCAAUUGCCAACAUGCUCAGCCGCCGUAGCAGCGCUGGCGUAGCUGUGUUGGAAGGGAUGCUCUACGUGGCUGGCGGCAAUGAUGGGACCAGUUGCCUUAAUUCAGUGGAGCGCUACAAUCCCAAAACAAACACUUGGGAAAGCGUGGCACCCAUGAACAUCCGGAGGAGCACCCACGACUUGGUGGCCAUGGACGGGUGGCUCUACGCGGUGGGCGGCAACGACGGCAGCUCCAGCCUCAACUCCAUUGAGAAGUACAACCCGCGCACCAACAAGUGGGUGGCGGCGUCCUGCAUGUUCACCCGCCGCAGCAGCGUCGGGGUGGCCGUGUUGGAACUCCUCAACUUCCCGCCUCCUUCCUCGCCCACCCUCUCGGUCUCCUCGACGAGUCUUUGACAAAGAGUCCGGUCACGCCUCGUCGCAAGGGAACUGCAGCAUCUGUCGAAGCGCCAAACCGACCUGGCCUGACCCCUGUGGCCGCCACUCGCUGUGACGGGCGGGAGAGCGACGCUGCCGACACCGCAGCGACGGUGCCGACGCUGCGUCGAGAGAGACAUCUUUGGAUAGAGGCCCGUUCUUGCUCCUGAGCGUGGAUCUAGAUCACACCUUAAACAAACAAAACAAAACAAACAACAAGGGACCUCCUGGCUUUCCUCAUCUGUUUCAUCUUUCCUCAACUGUCUCACACGCGACUGAAAGCGUUUCCGAGUGGACACAAGCUUGGCAAUAUCGAAAUGUCAUCGACGUAGGUCGAAGUCACUUGCGUCGGCUGCGAAUGUCACAAUUAGCCUAUAUAACGCGCUCUUCUUUGCGAUGCCUCUCCUGCUGGUGUCUAUUGAUGCCUUAAAAGAUAACACAACAAGCAAACAAAACGUAAACAGGGCUGGGAGGAUGGCGGCGGCAUCGCCGAGUCCGCUUGUUGUCUCCGAGGCCCGUCGUUACGUUCAACCUGGGUAUGUGCCAUCUCCGCUGACAUUCCCUUGCACUCUCCGGAGGCACGGGUUCGGGAACGUCCCCACAACCUGCUGACUCCGUUACGCUUCCUUCUCUUCUCUUUUCCCUCCUAUUGGGAAGACGCUCAUCUAAGGUAUCCGCUGCACCUUUUCAUGGCCGCUCUAGGAUUGUACUCGGAGAGCGAAACUCCGUUUCCGUUCAUAACGUCCGUCCGUUACAUUUUAUUUUGACACUUGUAUUUUAAAGUUUUGUAUAAUUAUU